AAGGCAGCUUCCUUCAUUAAUGUACCCUUUGUCAAGUGACAGCACAAAAAUCAUUCCAACUUGCAAGCAGAAGGAGAGGAGAGAAUACGAAUGGCGAAAAUUGAAACCGUGCGAAACGCAGAGAGACUAGUGGAAGUGAUGAUGAAAGGGAACGAUGCAUCGCACGAUGCUGCUCACGCUUUUCGUGUCCGAGAUCUCGCUCUCUCGCUUGCUCAUGAAGAAGGCCUUUCUUCUUCACCUCUCUCACUCCAAAUCGUUGAGCUAGCUGCACUCCUUCAUGAUAUAGGAGACUACAAAUACCUGAAGAAUCCAUCCGAGGAGAAAAUUGUAGAGGAAUUUCUUGAAAAAGAGGGUUUAGAUACAGAUAAAAGCAGCAAAAUAUUAGCUAUUAUAAAAAACAUGGGUUUCAAAGAGGAAAUAAAUGGAGUCACAAAUGGUUCUUAUACACCCGAGUUUGGUGUGGUGCAAGAUGCUGACCGUCUAGAUGCAAUUGGUGCUAUUGGUAUUGCUCGUUGUUUCACCUUUGGCGGGAGUAGAAACCGAGUGCUUCAUGAUCCUAACAUCCAGCCUCGUUCGGAUUUGUCCAAGGACCAAUACAUGAAUAAAGAUGAACAAACUACUGUGAAUCACUUUCAUGAAAAGCUCCUUAAACUCAAGGAUUUAAUGAAAACAAAGGCAGGAAAGGCAAGGGCUGAGAAAAGGCACAAAUUCAUGGAAGAGUUUCUAAAAGAAUUUUAUCUAGAAUGGUCAGGCAAAGCAUGAAUAUCACCAACAAAUCUUUUAUUUAUAUUUUGUAACUUACAAUAAAAUGCAUCUCCAUCUAUUUCUACCAUCAUUUUCAGCA